ACUUUUAUUUUGAAAUGCCGCUUUCUGCCAGCUAGCAAGUUUCUGAAAAAAAACCCUCGAAUAGUUGUGAGCUGAUUUGUGAAUACCUUCAGUAAACCUGGACUAUCCUGAAUGCCAGUGAUAUUAUAAUCCAUAAUACAAAUAAUAAUUAUAUUCAUUUCAAUAUUAGCACUCCAGAGACACCGCUGUCAGUUUAGACGAAUAAAAGUUGUUCUGAUCUGUUUAGAUUAGCUGUUAGCGGAUUAGCUUCAGUCUUGGCUGUUUUACACACAGCAGAAACACCAUGAAACUCUACAGUCUUAGUGUCUUGCAUAAAGGCUCAACGAAAGCCAACCUGCUGAAAGCAGCGUAUGAUCUGUCCUCAUUCAGUUUCUUCCAGAGAUCCAGUGUACAGGAGUUUAUGACAUUCACCAGCGCCCUGAUUGUUGAGCGUUCAGCGUUAGGAAGCCGUGCGUCUGUCAAAGAGCAAGAGUACUUGUGUCAUGUGUAUGUGCGGAAUGACAAUCUUGGUGGUGUUGUGAUCGCAGACAAUGAAUAUCCCUCCAGAGUCUGUUUCACUUUACUGGAUAAGGUGCUGGAUGAGUUCUCAAGACAGGUGAACAGUAUAGACUGGCCUUCUGGUUCUCCGGCAACCAUUCAGUACACAGCAUUGGACAGCUAUCUGGCCAAAUACCAGAAUCCACGUGAGGCUGAUGCUAUGACCAAAGUGCAAGCAGAACUGGACGAAACCAAAAUUAUUUUGCACAACACAAUGGAGUCACUCCUGGAGAGAGGAGAGAAGCUGGAUGAUUUAGUUCAGAAAUCUGAGCAUCUGGGAAACCAAUCAAAAGCCUUUUAUAAAACGGCACGCAAGCAGAACUCAUGCUGCGAGAUCAUGUGAUCGCGAUGAAGUUUCUGAAUGGACUGGACUCUUCGGCCACCUCUCCUCUCUGGUUUUCUAUUUUCCCCCUCUUUUUCUCUGUCCUGGUGUGGGCUGCUUUUAUCACGCAGCAGUCAUAGCGAAUACACGAGAGGGCCGAUUCGACGGUAUACAAUAACGGGCUCAGAGGGGGCUGAUUUCCCACGAUGCACCACACUUACUCUGCCAUCGGUUUUUAUGUUGUGCGAGAACUUCAUUUUCUUCUUGGCAGUUCCUCAGGGUCUGGCACAAGCUCAAAACAGAUCCGUAUAAAAGCAUAGAGGGGCUCGAGUCAAACGUCCCCGCUGUGCCUUACUUUAGACACAGGUGUGUUGAUAUCAGACUGUUGAAUUAGCCUUAUCAACGGAGGAUAUGCAAAUGAAAAUGCUGCAAUCUCUGUAUUUAGUCUCAUUAUUCGGCUUUGGCAGUUUUGAAGCGCCUUGUAGAGUGAACAUGUAGCGUGAAUUCUUUUUAAAUGUGAAAACAGUAAAUGAUGUGUUAAAUAUUGAUGUGUUCGGAUUCUCAAUAUUGUGUAUACGUGACUGACCAAAUUAAAUGUUGCAGAGUCUGUUUGUGUACAAUUCUAAUGCUGUUUUUCUCUUGGAAAUGUAAAUAAAUUACUGAAUCAUAUUGGCUUUGGUUCCCUGCGUCACACAUUUUUAUUGCAGUUCGGUUUUGAAUACUAAAGAAACAUUCCUGCAAUAUGUUCAUUUGGUGGUUGGUGGUUGAUAAUGAACGUGUUGUGAUAUUUAAGAGUAACAACAAAGCCUUAAAGUGUGGUUUAGUGUGAAAUCAGCCCCCUUGAUCCUCGUGUGACGGUAAACGCGGUUGUGAGUGUAAAUCUGUGCCGUGUUAGUGAUUGUGUUUGGUCACAUGACUCUCGCUGGAUCUCUCAAAUGCUGUAUCCAAUCUAAUGACGCUUUGCUGCUAACAGCCUGAAGGCUGGACUCUCGAGUCCUGGUUUCAAGUUCAUGUGCUUUUUCUCUUUCUGUAAAGCUUAAAUAUACAUGCACAAAAGGUUGGGUAAAACCAGCAGUAUCUGGGUGAACCUGUCAAGAACAUGUCCAGGUCUUAUUUCACAUCAAAAUUUAGAAUCCCAUAUUUGAGACCAUUUUUUUUUACAAUUAAGAACAAGCUGCAUUCUUUCAACAAUAAUUGAAUAGUAGGAUUUUUUUCAAAUUUUAAAUUAUUUAUAUAUGCAUUUCUUUUUUGACAGUUAAGAACAAUUUCCUUGCAAUUUGUGAUAUUAUCACGAGAAUUAAAUGUUCUUAUUUGUAAAAAAGUUAAUGUGUUCUUUAAACAAUAAUUAAAUAGCAGGAUUUUUAAACAUUUGUAAAAUGUUUUUGUAAAUCUCAUAAUUAGGACCAUUUAUAAUUUUAGCAUUUUGACGAUUAAGAACAAUUUUGCCCAAAUUUCCCCAAAUUUGUGAUUUUUCUCACUGAAUUAUCAUGAGAAUUAAAUGUUCUUAUCUGUAAAAAUAAAUAAAUAAUAAAAAGUACAAAUAAGCUGCAUUUUUUUCAACAAUAAUUGAAUAGUAGGAUUUUUUCAACAUUUAAUUCACACACACACACACACAUAUAUAUAUAUAUGUAUAUAUAUAUAAUAUUAUUUUGAAUUUGAAAAAUCUCUUUUCGGUCAUUUUGUGGUCAUGUUUUUCGAUAAUUAAGAUCGAUUUCCCUGAAAUUUGUGAUCUUGACAAUGAAUUGUCUUUAGAAUUAAAUGUUCUUAUUUGUAAAAGUUUAAAGGUUCUUUAAACAAUAUAUUUAAAUAGCUUAAAUUUUAAAACAUUUUUUAAAUUCUUUUAUUUUUUUUUUUUAAAUCUCACAGUUAGGACCAUUUUGCAUUUUGAUGAUUAAGAACAAUUUUGCCCAAAUUUGUGAUAUUAAUAACAUUUUCUCACUGAAUUAUCAUGAGAAUUAAAUGUUAUUUGUAAAAAUAAAUUUAAAAAAAAUUAAUCAAAUUUUAAAUAAUAUAUAUGUGUGUGUGUAUAUAUAUAUAUAUAUAUAUAUAUAUAUAUAUAUUUUUUUUUUAAUAUCAUAAUUAGGACCAACUAUAUUUCAUUUUUGUUACUGAAUUAUUAAUGAGAAUUAAAUGUUCUUUUUUUUUUGCCACUUUGACAAUUGACAAUUUUACUUCAAUUUCCUACAAUCGUCAUAAUGCAAAAAACCCCAAAAAACAUGAACAUACUGGAUAAGUAUGUAAAUUGUAAAGUACUCAAUACACUAUGAUAUUUAUUAUACUGCCUUCGACCGUAAUGUAUUACAUAGUUACGAAUAACAGGAAUUUAAGAAAACAAUUUCUGGAAAAUGUCUUACUAUGAGAAUUUGGGGGUAAAAUGUGCUUAAUUGUCAUAAAAAUCAAGUCAAAAUUUUGUCUUAAAAUAUGCUUUAGAAUUUUCUUUGCUUUUUUAAGGUGAAAUAUGACCCAGACAUGUAUUUAUUCUGGGAUUCACACCUGUCUGUCCCAACCGCCACUAGAGGAGCAUUUUGUAUGAUUAAACUGGAGAAUCAGCACAUCUUAAACUCAUCACUAUGACAUGUUCAAACACUAAUGUUGUUCUUUUUAUACGUCGGUAGAGGUGGAUUGAGAGUGUCGUGUGUGUAGAUGUUUCUGUUCCAAUUGAGGUUUUACAGCACAGGAAACAUGACAGUGUUAUAUUCGUAUCUAAAAGAGUGUGUUCGAUCUGUGUGCUUCUAUCUGCCCUCAGCAAUGUACAAGUUACACUUCACAUGUACGAUUAACUAACUAACCAGCUGCUGAUGUAGUGUGAGACUGUUUGAGGUGCCUUUUUCUGGUAAUUGCCAAAUCAUUGCCGGCUCGUUUUAGAAGAACACAAGCGGUUAGUGAUGUUUCAGACUAGUUGUUCCCUGUAACAUACUCAUCUAUUGUACUAAAAUUGAAUAUGUUGACUAAUAAAUAUUUGGCAGUAACAAA